AUGGACAAAGGAUUGAACUCAUUACUGUCCUGGGGCAUCGAAAAUUCCGAUGCAGGUCGCAAUCCAGAUCAGCCCGUUCAGGAACCCAAAGGCCUGUCAGCGGAGGUACUUCGCUCCCUGAUGGGCGGACCCAGUGAUGCCGACCUUAUGAAAGAAGCCAUGGCAAUCAUUACCUCGUCCGACCCCGACAUCACACAUGACUCUAAAAUGACCGCCUUCGACAACCUCGAGCAACUAGUCGAACAGAUCGACAACGCCAACAACAUGGAGCCCCUCGGACUGUGGACGCCACUACUGGCUCAACUGAGCAGCGCCUCUGCAGACCUGCGACGUAUGGCGGCCUGGUGUGUAGGCACGGCGGUCCAGAACAACGCCAAAGCACAAGAACGACUCUUGGCUCUCAACGGGAUUGAAAAACUCGUACAGGUUUCUCUUGACGAUGCCGACAAAGCUACUCGCAAGAAGGCCGUCUAUGCACUGAGUUCGGCGAUUCGGAAUUACCAGCCAGCCAUGAAUGAAGCAGUCAAGCGACUACCCAAAGACAUCGUCGGGCCGGAUCACGUCUCUGCCACGGAUAUGGACGUUAUCGACGCCAUCAUGGGCAAAUUGAGGGAUAUCGAAUGA